AACUGACAGCACUGAUUGAGUAUAAAUCCAAAAUGGCUCUCAGGAAUUUGUGGUUUUCUUGUCACUGAAUUUGAAUAAACAUUUAAAAACCAAAUGAAUUAACCGAAUUGUGCAAUAAAACUAACAGAUUCAAUAUAACCGUACUAGGGCAGUUGCUCGUUAACACUUAAACGCGAAAGUAAAAGGUGCUCCACAGUGAUUUUUGACCAGAACUUUAAGUGAAAAACAAAACACGACUGACGUUCUACACACGCAUCAUUGACUACAUCAUCACCUGCAUAUGCUGCAAUCAUGUGAAGCGACUAUGCCGAUGUACAUUCCAACCCCACUGUCAAAUUAAUGGUUUUGAAGAAAGAUCGUCCACCCGUUGGAGUGGAAAAUUCAAGCAAAAUGUCCAAUGAACAGCCAGUUACCAAACGGCAACGCAUCGAAAGUCUGGGCAAUGAACAACCGGAACCCGAAUCCAGUGCUUCCAGUGCGCACAUCGCUUCCGCAUCGUCUGCAUCGUCGCUAGCAAUACCGGGCCCAUCAAAUGCAUCGCUUCCAGCCGAUGAAAUUGAUAAUGCAUCCGUUGUGAUACUGAACAACCAUCAUGGCAUUCCCAUUGAGUAUUCGUUAAUGUCGCCAAUCAGUGAUAACGGAUGCGAUUUACAAUCACUGCAAACGUACUUGGCCAAGCAAUGUUUAUGCGGGGUGACUGAUCAAACGCUGAAAAAUCUCUUCCAAAGUCAAUACAAUCAUUCCAAUGGGAUAACACGGGUGGCAACGCUGAGUGAAUGGUCAACGAACAAGCUGCUCGAAUUCCUGUCCAACAUUCAGUUACUGUUCGAUGUGUACUUGAAACAGAACUCAACCGGCAGUAUAUGCGGCCGGAUCAAGGAUGUGUGCGAUGCUCUCAUUUUAAAUGAACGGAAUUUGAUCAGUGACAUUAUCGAUUUGAGCGGCUACAACGAUAAAUAUGUGCAAUUCUUGUCGCGAAAGUUAAUGGCUAGUUUUCUGGUGAUUGCAAAGGACAGUGAAAUGUUGCAAUAUUAUUUGAAGAAACUGGUGGACAAUCUGUUCAGCCUGAAUCAAUUAAAUGAACUCGAAGUGCAAAAGAUCAGCUUCACACUAGACAUUUUCAAGCGAAUCGUCGAAUGGAAAGACAUUGAAUUGCAUCCACUCGGUGACGACUUCGACGAAAGUGAUUUGUUGCCAAUUGAACCACCGAUCGAAACCAAUUACUUCCACUACAGCAUCAAUCAAGGGAGCAGUCUGUCUUCAGCCAGUACCAGUGAUUCGAGUAGAAUGCUUUCGAGAAGACACGACACUCAUGCGAACGAUGCGAAUCGGGACUGUCAACUGGAACAUUUGACCGAUUCGGAAAGUUUCGACACGACAAAUUUGAAAUGUGAAACGGUGAAAAUAUUGGAGAAUAAGUGGCGCGCGUUGCUGGAGACAAUGAAAAAGUUGAUACCGCGAAGUAGUCAUGGGUAUGGAGAGUGUUCGAUAUUGACGUUUCUGUCGCUGUGGGAGAGUAUAAUCAGUGUGCAGGCGAAUCUAUCGGUGAUCGACACACAUCCGUUUCACGCUCAACUGGACCAGUUCGAGAAAUUGCUGAGCAGCAAUCUUUCCACGACCGUGUACAAGCAAAUGUUGUCUCUGUUCAAUGAGGCGUUGUGCUACGGCAGCACUCUGGCUCUACAAGACUCGAUACCGGACGAAACGUGCGGAUUAGCCCAUGCUAUAAUCAAUCGGGUCAAAUACAACGGCCUGUUGAAUUCAUUACCCCAGCGACAACAGCCCACUGACGGUUCGGUCAGCCUAAUUGGUUACACUGGCCGAUCCGUCGAUUAUAUGCACGACUCGUUUCACCAUUGUCCACGGGAAUACCAAUCGACUGACGCUCAUCCAAAUAUCGACCGUACUCUGCUGCAAAAAAUGGUUCUGUUGGUGCUAAAAUCGGUAGCGGUCAGUGUACGCGCCAUCCGAUCCGAUUCGUCGGACAGUUCGAUUGGCAGUACGGAUGCUCAGGCGCUGGCCGAUAUGCGUGUCAUUGAACAGAAUAUGCGAGAUGUGCUGCGGAAGUUGGAAACAUUUUUGAAAAAUAAAAUGCAUUUCCUGCCAGCCACACAUUUCAGUAAAAUUCUGAUCGAUCUGUUCGGCGAUCAAGAUGACUAUCUGAUCGAAUCGAUGGUGUGUACGUUAGACGUAGUGAUUGGAUUUUCCUACUGGAAAAACGAAUUCCUCGAAUUAGUCGCAAUGAUGAAUCCGGUGUACAUCUUCUUAGAAUUUUUAGUUAUGAUAAGGCACGGCUCCGACUUACUCCUAGAUCUACUGGUUAGCAAUGAAACGUGCUUCUUGCUGUAUUUAUUAAGGUUUCUCAAAUACAUUCGCGUCAAUUGGACUAUGUUCGCGACCAGUUGUCAUAUGUUCAAAAAUGACGCCACCGAAUUGGACGGUACCAUGAAAGUAUUAACUCGUCUCAGGUUCAAAAUUAACAAAAUGGUAUUGGACAAACAGUAUCCGUACGAUAUACAGCCAAUUUUACGAUUACUCGAAAGUUGCGAGAGCAUACACGAGGGAAAUGAAUUAUAGUUUGAAAUUUGCAACGCACACCGGCCCAAACGGAACCGUAGGUUGCAUAAGAACCCGAAUAGUUGCAGAUCUGGGAUGUGUACUUGAGGGAGUUUUUUUUAAUUUAUUAUGAGAAAGAGGAAGGAAAAUUGUGGCAAAUAAUCUGCGACAGAAUGUCACACCAAAUAAAUUCAAUGAAAUGUGGAUGGAAGUGCCUUAUCGAUUGCCUUUAAUUUACACAAUUUAUUACACUGAAACCAGUUUUAAGACAUUACAACUGUUUUUAGCAUAAACAAUUCUCAAUCCAUCGGUAAGUAGUGUGUAGAAUUUGGAUUUUAAAUAUUUAGUUUCAUUUUGUAUACAAUUAAUUUAAUGAAAAAGGAAAUGAAGAUGAACAAGACAGAACGGAAGAAACGAUUUAUGUGUGUAAAAAGAAUCAUGUAGCAUCAAUUUUUAAUGAUCUUUACGGUAGAUGUAAACCUUAUUUAAUUUUACAUUUUAAUUAAACUGUAACGGACUUCGAGAGGAAUGUAAGUUUUACUGAAAAAUUUAUAUAAUUUUAUACACAAUAAAAAACGAACAAACAAACACAACGAA